GUGAAAAUGCUCUGGCGCCGCAAUCGUGUCUUGCGACGCAUCGGCUGCGACUCCUCUGAUCGUCAGGCCUUGAGAGUUUUUUACCGGAACGAGUUCCGAAUCUCGAGGUGACAGUGAUAUCAUGAAAGCUCAACUUCUCGCGGUUCUCGUGGCUGCUGCGGGUUUCGCAGUGAGUAUUGCGAUAGAAGCCUACGACCUCCCCGAUGGAGCUGAGCUUAUUGUGGGGCCGAUCAAGACGACUUUCAAAUGCCCUGAGAAAUACGGAUACUGGGCCGAUGUCGAUAACGACUGCAAAAUUUUCCAUAUUUGUCAUCCGGUCGAUUAUCCUGAUGGCAAACACGAACUCUUUACCUACUCAUUCUUCUGCGGGAAUCAAACCGUGUUCAACCAAUUGACGUUCACGUGUACUUGGCCGGAAGAAGCAGUCGCUUGUGCGAAUUCACCGGAAUUCUUCUACUUGAAUGAUCGUCUGGGUGUGAAAGAUGCCAAGUUCCUGACGUUCGAGGACAUCGAGAAGGCAAAAGCAUACAUACCGCUGUAUAACGGGCAAGCGAACACGCUGGGAAGUACGAAAUGAUUACGACCCCGGCCGAGAUGGUCGCCUCAGACGCUCCUGGGAAGCCUCCUUCCUGAGGAACCGCCGCAGGCGCAAACUCAUCGACUCGUGAUGACGCAGUGAUUAAAUUGAUUAGGCAACGACGUAUAUCCUUCGUCCUCUCGCCAGAGCCAGACGAAUAAAGUAGCCGUUCUUGUGAGAAUA